GCCGGUGGCGGGCGACCGCCCGCUGCACACGCAAGGCAGGAGCCGCGCCCCUUUGCCCGCACCCCGCCGCUGGAGACCCCCAACGCCCUCCUGAGCCGGUUACCGCCACCCGCGCCUUGGAGGCAGCGGCGCCCCUGGAGACCUGUGAUUGCUGACUGCUCGGAAUUCGGGUCGGGGGAGGUUUGGGAAAGGUUUAUUUUUAAUUAAAAAAAAUUAUUCUGGGGGUUCGGGCUUGCAAGAGUAGGACUUGCGGGACUUGGGGAAGGGGAUUGCACAAUAGCACAACGCGUUGGGGAUUGUCCAGGACCGAGACUAGCUUCCAGAGAGGAGCAGGAGGGGCACAGACUACGACGCCCGGGGCAGGGUCUCUGAGUCCCGACUCGGCUGAGGGGCACCGGACCGCAAUUGGGGGUGACGCGCCCCACGUGCCUGUGACGCGGGGGCGGCCGGUAGGCGGCGGCGCGGGGCUGGCUGCCUUGCGGUGCGGGGAGGGCGGCGGGGCUGGCGGCAGGAUGCUGCGCGCCGCACUGCCGCUGCUCGGGCUGCUCCAGGCGGGGGCGGGAGCUGCCACCGAAGAGCCCAGUCCGGAGCCGGGGGCGCGGGGCGAGCCUCCCCCGGGAUUGGCGCUCUUCCGCUGGCAAUGGCACGAGGUGGAGGCGCCCUACCUGGUGGCCCUGUGGAUCCUGGUGGCCAGCCUGGCCAAGAUCGUGUUUCAUUUGUCUCGGAAGGUGACGUCCCUGGUCCCAGAAAGCUGCCUGCUGAUUUUGUUGGGCCUGGUGCUUGGAGGCAUAGUCUUGGCUGUGGCUAAGAAAGCUGAGUACCAACUGGAACCAGGCACCUUCUUCCUUUUCCUGCUGCCUCCUAUUGUGUUGGAUUCAGGCUACUUCAUGCCUAGCCGACUCUUCUUUGACAACUUGGGUGCCAUCCUCACCUAUGCUGUGGUGGGCACACUCUGGAAUGCCUUCACAACGGGUGCUGCUCUCUGGGGCCUACAACAGGCUGGAUUUGUGGCCCCUAGAGUGCAGGCCGGCUUGCUGGACUUCCUGCUGUUCGGGAGCCUCAUCUCAGCAGUGGACCCUGUGGCAGUGCUGGCUGUCUUUGAGGAGGUGCAUGUCAACGAGACUCUCUUCAUCAUCGUCUUUGGCGAGUCUCUCCUCAACGAUGCAGUCACAGUGGUGCUGUACAAGGUCUGCAACUCCUUUGUGGAGAUGGGCUCUGCCAACGUGCAGCCCACUGACUACCUGAAGGGAGUCGCCUCCUUGUUUGUGGUCAGUCUGGGCGGGGCAGCUGUGGGCUUAGUCUUUGCCUUCCUCCUGGCCCUGACCACACGCUUCACCAAGCGGGUCCGCAUCAUUGAGCCACUGCUGGUCUUCCUCCUCGCCUACGCGGCCUACCUCACUGCGGAAAUGGCCUCACUCUCUGCUAUUCUUGCGGUGACUAUGUGUGGCCUGGGCUGUAAGAAGUAUGUGGAGGCCAACAUCUCCCAUAAGUCACGCACAGCUGUCAAAUACACAAUGAAGACUCUAGCCAGCUGUGCCGAGACCAUCAUCUUCAUGCUACUUGGCAUCUCAGCUGUAGACUCUUCUAAGUGGGCCUGGGACUCUGGGCUGGUGCUGGGCACCCUCUUCUUCAUCCUGUUCUUCCGAGCCCUCGGCGUAGUCCUGCAGACGUGGGUGCUCAAUCAGUUCCGGCUGGUCCCUCUGGACAAGAUUGACCAGGUGGUGAUGUCCUAUGGGGGCCUUCGGGGGGCUGUGGCCUUCGCUCUCGUCAUCCUACUGGACAGGACCAAGGUCCCUGCCAAAGACUACUUUGUGGCCACCACCAUUGUGGUGGUCUUCUUCACAGUCAUCGUGCAGGGCUUGACCAUCAAACCACUGGUCAAGUGGCUGAAGGUGAAGAGGAGUGACCAUCACAAACCCACCCUGAACCAGGAGCUACAUGAGCACACUUUUGACCACAUUCUGGCUGCAGUGGAGGACGUUGUGGGGCACCAUGGCUAUCACUACUGGAGGGACAGGUGGGAGCAAUUUGACAAAAAGUACCUGAGUCAGCUGCUGAUGCGGAAGUCAGCCUACCGCAUCCGGGACCAAAUCUGGGAUGUGUACUACAGACUCAACAUCCGAGAUGCCAUCAGCUUCGUGGACCAGGGAGGCCACGUCUUGUCGUCUACAGGGCUCACUCUGCCAUCCAUGCCUAGCCGCAGUUCUGUGGCAGAGACCUCUGUCACCAACCUGCUGAGGGAGAGUGGCAGCGGUGCGUGUCUGGAUCUGCAGGUGAUUGACACAGUCCGAAGUGGUCGGGACCGGGAGGAUGCGGUGAUGCACCAUCUGCUCUGUGGAGGCCUCUAUAAGCCACGCCGCAGGUACAAAGCCAGCUGUAGCCGACACUUCAUCUCGGAGGAUGCACAGGAACGACAAGACAAGGAGGUCUUCCAGCAGAACAUGAAGCGGAGACUGGAGUCCUUUAAGUCCACCAAGCACAACAUCUGUUUCACCAAAAACAAGCCACGGCCCCGCAAGGCCAGCCGCAAGAAGAAGGAUGGUGUGGCUAGCACUGAGGCUACAAAUGGGAAACUGCCUCGGGACAAGGGCCUUCAGGACACAGCUACUGUGAUCUUAACCGUGGAGUCUGAGGAAGAAGAGGACAGCGACAGCUCAGAGACAGAGAAGGAGGAUGACGAGGGAAUCAUUUUUGUGGCUCGAGCCACCAGUGAGGUUCUCCAGGAGGGCAAGGUCUCAGGAAGCCUUGAGGUGUGCCCGAGUCCACGAAUCAUCCCCCCCUCCCCAACCUGUGCUGAGAAGGAGCUGCCCUGGAAGACUGGGCAGGGAGACCUGGCAGUUUAUGUGUCCUCGGAAACCACCAAGAUUGUGCCCGUGGACAUGCAGAUGGGUUGGAACCAGAGCAUCUCGUCCCUGGAGAGCCUGGCAUCCCCGCCCUGUACCCAGGCUCCCACGCUGACCCUCCUGCCUCCCCGAGCCCCUCUGGCUGUUGAAGAGCCCCAGGCCUCCCUCGACCUGCCUUCUGAUCCACGCCCCAGCUUUGCCUUUCCCCCAAGCCUGGCCAAGGCUGGUCGCUCUCGAAGUGAGAGCAGUGCGGACAUCCCCCGGCAGCAGGAGCUGCAGCCCCUCAUGGGACAUGAGAACCAUACUCACCUCAGUCCAGGCACCGCCAACUCCCACUGGUGCAUCCGGUUCAACAGAGGUGGUCGGCUGUAGCCCAGGAACAUGGGGAGGAUUGGGAGGCUGGAGCCACAUGGAAAGUGUUGUCUGGGUGCUGGACAGUACAACCUACCCAGCCUGACAUGGGGUCAGAGGGACCUGGACUGAAGUAGCCAGCUGGGCUUCUUUGUGUGGGACAGGGGGUCUCCUGGGCUGGUCCUCACAGAGGCCCUUUUGCCACCUUCCCUGCUUCUGCCCCCUGAGACUCUUAAACUGCUUGAGACCCUAUCUAGUCCUUCUAGGGGCUCUGCUGAGACGGGUAGCAGAUAUUUCCUCCCCAGUGGGUUCCCCAGAGGUCACUCUAGGAAGCUGUUCCUGGGCCCAAAGAGCAUCAUUCCUUGGCUGGCGCUUGUCUUUCCUGCCCUCUGCCUCCUCCUUAGUGCCAGCUCAAGGACAAUGACCUGGCAGUGAGAUCCCAUGAGGGGCUGGUUUUGGGGUCGGGGGAAUAGAGGUAAGACCUGAAAGAGAUCUCAGCCUUGGCCUCUGCUGUCCUGUUGGACAGGUCCUCCCCAUAGC